CGGUUCUAGGGUCGACUCGAGAGCUUCCGGGCUUUGUUGCACCCCCGGAAUAUACCUACCUAUAAAUCUCUGCUUACCGUCCGCUAGGCACUCGCUUAGCGUUACAUACAGGUAGGUUGGGUGGGUACGGAGUACAUACCUACGUACAUGCUUCUCCCCCUUGUCGCUCUGCCGGCCUUAUCUUGUAUUCCAUCAAGCUGGAGAGAUAGAUAUAGUCUCGGUCUCCCCAAACCAUCUACCAAGCCUGCCUGCCUACCUGCCUACCUCUCUCGUCCUCGACGAAGAAAGAUAGACAAGGUCGACGAGCCACAGCCAUACCUACAUAUCGCAGACGGCAACCGAUUGGCACGCCCCUCCCCUCCUGUUCCCUCGUCACCCUCGUUGAGUAGGUACCUAACCUCGUUGCCGACCGAGGACGAGCGACGUCGUCGCAUCAUCAUACCCAGUCCGUCAGCUUACCACUACCCGCUCGCCGUCUUCGUCUUCUAUCGGUAUUGGCCACCGUAUAACAACCCAUCCGCCUAACUGUUGCCUCUCGAGCUGAGAGUCCUGCAUGUCGAAUAUGCGCCACAGUCACCGUUGGGACGAGGGAUAUUGUGCUCUUACAAUUUCCCACACUUAGGCCGUCUGUUGCCAGUGAGAGUCGCCGGCGUAUAAUGCCACGCCCGAAAAAGCCCGGCGCACCGGAACCGAAACGGCGGAGUCGAAAUGGAUGCUGGCCGUGUAAGAACCGCAAGAUCAAGUGUGGAGAGGAGCGCCCCAGUUGCUUGAACUGCCAAAAAACAGGCGAGACAUGUGACUACAGCAUCCGUCUAAACUGGGAGGGCCGGAGAGGAAAGCGGCCCGAGCCCGAGAUCGCCGACUUCGGCCGGGAAGUCCUACCAACACCCUUACCCGCUAAGGGCUUCAAGCUAGUCCACCAGCAUCCUCUGUCUGAUGCGCCCGGAGGCCGGAGGCUCGAACCCUUGACUGGCCCGGCAAGCCAGCCCAGGGUCGAGCGCAGUGGGGCAAUGCUUCUUCAGACCGCGGUGUCCUUAGGAAACCCGUCCUCGGUGUCGCCAUCUACGAACGUCGCCGAUGUAGAGUUCUCCCAACCCGCUCGCAAACGCGCCAAGUUGAAGUCGGCCAUUCACUCGCCCGACUCGAAACCUGUACACCUGGCUAGCCACAGGCAUAACUCCGCAGCUAGUUCGACCCUGGAUUCAAGCGUUGAAUCUUUCAGGUUCACCAUCGGCUCCGGUCUGUCAGCCAGCUCGCCACUGACCCCCACCACCUCUUCCACCUACAGCGACGAUGACCAUCGUCACACAAGUCGAAGGCUUUCCGUCAAUUCUCUCUUAUCGGCACCCCCGGGCCCUUUGUUUUUCCAGGAUGAACAUGCUACCCGAGCGAGGGCCGGUCUACCGCCGAUAGACACUCGAGCACGUUUGCCGACGGAAACGGCCUACUACGGUAUUGAUCGAGGCUUUCCCGAUCAUGAUAUGGGGAAGAAUGACGACAUGAAUUCCAUUAGCGGAUCGUCGCCGCUACUCCAACGCGAAUUUAUAGACGCGCCCUUCGAGGAAACUAAUGACUAUGUGGUCUGGAACGAGUUCGGGUUUGGAGUAGAGACCAAUGAGCUCAGCAGUGAAGAGGGUGGAUAUUAUUCCAAACCUGUGUCGAUAUGCAUCCCCUGCAGCCUCGAGCCACUCCCGUCGAGGCUCCUUGAGAACCCGAUGAACCUUCUUUAUUUCCAUCAUUUCUUGAAUCAUACCGCUCGGGUUCUUGUUCCCUAUGAUGAUCCUCACGCCAACCCCUUUCGCACCAUCCUCCCCCAGAUGGCCGUGAAGAACGACAACUUGUUGGCGCUGCUGCUUGCGUACUCAGCCUCACAUAGGGCACGUGUUCUUAAUCACCCAGAGCCCUCGAUAAGGAUCGCUUUCUGGGUAGACGGCACAUUUCCCGCGCUUCGGCGCGCCUUAGACGACCCGGACAAAAACUUCUCAAAUGCGAAUCUUGCAACGGCUAUCAUGUUGGCCUCCCUUGAGAUAAUUUCCCCGAAGAUAUUUGGGUGCGAUAUUCCGUGGCAGAAACACCUGGGGCUUGCUAGAGAACUUAUCACCGCACGCCCGGGUGGCCUUCGUGGACUGCAGUCUAACUUCCGCAACGACCCGGUGUGCUCGUUUCUCUGGAGUUGGGCAGCUUAUCUCGACGUCAUAGGGAGUCUGAGCGGGGGCCCCAAAGAGUCCUCGUCGGCCUGGAUAUUCGACUACGAAGUAGACGAUAUCCUCGACGGCUAUGACGAGAUUGACUGUAUCAUGGGCUUCACCACGCGAUGCGUGUAUCUUCUGGCCAAGAUUGCUGACCUAGCUAGGAAAUGCGAUGCGGAGCGCAUUAGAGACGACCCCGAUGAGAAAUACGAGUGGGAGCCGAGCGUGGAUAUCAACGACCAAGCUUCCAAGCUCGAGACAGCCGUCAAGGAGAGCAUGCUCCAGUCCCCCGUGCCCUGUAAGCACAUCCACAAGAAAGGGGACGUGGAGAAGUGGGAUAGGCGUGAGAUGGAAGCGACUAACGAGGCCUUUCAUUGGGCUGGGCUUGUACAUCUCUACCGGAGAAUCAUGGGGAAGGCGUCCGAAGAUGGCAGCGUCCAGAUGGCCGUGCAAAGGAUCGUCGACUGUCUCGGUCGUAUCCGACCAGGUGGGACGGCGGAGUCGUGCCUGUUGUUUCCUAUGUUUACCGCGGGAUGCGAUGCCAAGGACGAGGGGCAGAGACGGCUCAUUCUUACGAGAUUCAAGACCGCCGAGAAUCACGGGAUGACUCAGGCACGUUCUCGCACUCUACCUACCUAAACCGCCCCCCUUCUUCUAACAGGUCUUCCCUUCAGAUACAUAACGCGCGCCGAC